AUGGGCGGCCUCUCGGUGAUCGCGCCCCCGGCGAGGGACUCGGCGUCCCCGCAGCACCGCCGCGCGCGCCGCGCGUUCCUCGUCUCCAACUACCUCAUCCUGGGCUGCGCCUCCGGGUGCGGCUUCCUGACGCUCUCGCUCCGCCUCGUCCCUUCCGUGGACGGCUUCCUCCUCGUCCUGCUCCACGCGCUCACCGUGGCGGCCGCCGUGGCCGGGUGCGCCGUCAUCGCGGCGCCCGACCCGCCGCGGGGCCGCUGCUACACCGUCCACAUGUCCGCCACCGUCGUGGUGUCCAUCCUGCAGGGCGCCGCCGCCGUGCUCGCCUUCUCCCGCACCGCAGAGUUCCUCUCCGACGGGCUCAGGUCGUACGUCCGCGAGGAGGACGGCGCCGUCAUCCUCCGCAUGGUCGGCGGCCUCGGCGUCGCCAUCUUCUGCCUCGAGUGGGUCGCGCUCGCGCUCGCCUUCGUGCUCAGGUACUACGUCUACGUCGACAGGGAGUGCGGCGGCAACCCGAUGCGCCGCAGCGCCAAGGUCGGCGGCGAGGACGGCGGCGCCGGCACCUGGCCCUGGCCAUUCCAGGUCUGA